GCUUGGAGUUUACGUAUCGUAUCUUUGUAUCGUAUUUUCAGGAUGUUUAUGCAAAGUAGCGCAAGAUAAACAAAUAUUAUUUAGUAUUUCGAAUGAAUUGUAUAUUUCAAGAUGGAACCAAAUAGUCGUGGAAGGAGGAACGAGUUAGAUAUAGACAGUUUUCGUAGUGAUGACGCAGGCUUUGAUAGGGCUCGUAUGAGAAGACAAUCCGGCGGUUUCGUGGAUCUAGGUAAUGAAUCACAAUAUGGAACAGGCGGGCACCAAGCCUCUGGGGCUAACGAAAUCUUUGCAGAUAUUCAGGGAGAUGUACCAUGGUGGAAAUCUAACUUCUUUAUAUCACAACCAGUCCUCUUCGGCACCUGGGAUGGGGUGUUCACAUCUUGCCUUAUCAAUAUUUUUGGAGUAAUUGUAUUUCUGCGGUCUGGGUGGAUAGUGGCUCAAGCAGGCUUAGUUAAUGCUAUCCUAAUAGUGUUCUUUACAGUGUUUGUGGCCCUGAUCUCGGUGUUGUCAGCAGUUGGUAUUUGUGAAAGAUGUCGGAUAGAGAGUGGGGGAGUGUAUUUCUUACUCGCUCACACAUUAGGCUCCAGAAUGGGAGGCUCACUGGGAAUUGUCUACUGUUUUGGCCAGGCUGUAGGUUGUGCAUUAAAUGUAUUUGGUUUUGGAGAAUCAAUGGCCAAGUUGUUUGGGACUGAAGAAACGUGGGCAGCUCGUGGAUUCGCCAUUGCUGCGGUGCUGUUGUUGGGCACAAUAAAUAUUGCGGGCGUCAAAUGGGUCAUAAAGUUGCAGUUUGUUUUACUACUGAUCAUUCUUAUGGCUGCUUUGGACUUCUUUGUUGGCUCAUUUACAACUCAUACUGAUGUACCUGGAUUUAACGGAUGGCUUAAUAGCACAAUAUCCUACAAUAUGUGGCCAGAAUACAAGGACUACACCUGGUUCAAAUGUUUUGGCGUAUUCUUUCCCACUAUUACCGGCAUUCUGGCUGGAAUCAAUAUGAGUGGGGACUUGAAAAAUCCUUCCAUGAAUAUCCCUAAUGGCUCAUUAGCAGCUAUUGGCACAGGGACUUUCCUAUACUUGAUGUUCGUCAUAACCCUAGCUGCGACCGUAAGCAGGGAAGUGUUGCUGACUAACUUCUCCAUCGCAACAGACAUAUCGGCCAUUACGGUGUUGCUCCUAGCGGGCUUGUAUGUCAGCUCCAUGAGCUCGUGCUUGGGAGCCAUGUACGGAACCCCUAGAGUCUUACAGAGUAUUGCUAAUGAGAAGGUUAUACCGGGACUUGAGACCCUUGGCCAUGGAAGAGGUCCAAAUAAGGUUCCCAUAUACUCAAUGGUCGUAGUAGCCAUAGUAAGCAUAACGUUCAUCAUAAUAGGCGACAUAAAUAAGCUUGCACCCAUCGUGACCAUGCCGUUCCUUAUCACUUACGCUAGCAUUGAUUACUCUUACUUUGCCCUUGCUCAAACGUUUGAUUUGCAACAUAGGCGUGAGAUGAGAUUUCAGGGGCAUUUACAGAGAGAUACGCAAGUGUAUGGCGCUACUGGCAGUGACUUAGAUCUAUUGUUCCCUGAAAGAAUAAGGCAUAAAAAUGUUGGUGAGUUCACGCCAUCCCCAACCGACCCGGCGAUGAUGAACGGCCGCGCGGGCGGCGAGGCCGCCGGCCCGGACGCCGACGGGCGCCGCCCCAACGUCGGCGUGCACUCCAAGAACAAGAACUGGUACUCGCAUCUGUGCAAUCGGUGGCUGUCGCUCGUUGGGGUAGCAAUAAAGCUGCUGCUAAUGUUCCUGGUGCACUGGGCGUACGCGCUGGGCUGCCUCAGCAUCCUGUGGCUGCUGUGGCUAUACAUCGGCGCCGCCAACCCCGCCGUCAAGCCCGGCCGGGCGUCGGAGUUCCGCUUUUUCCACUGGCUGAAGAUCGCGUUCUUGCAAGCCAUAGGAAAACGGCCGCUGGAGUACGAGCAGCUGGUCGUGACGCCCGUGCACUCUGACAUCCGCGUGGAGCAGGAGCGGCUCAACGACGACAACGAGGACUUCGCAUCGCGCCGCCGUUACCACCAGUCCACCAACGUGCAGAGCCACCUCGUCAGCGUCACGUAGCCGACACACACACACACACACACACACACACACACACACACACAUACACACACACCCUUAUUCAUAAAAGUUAGCAACCUCUUAAGGCUUCUACACACUAUUUGCAGGGCAGGUAUGCCGCUGGCGUAAUCGGCAUAUAAAUACGAUAAUGCGGCUCCAAUACCUACCCGCCGGGCUUGUGGGCGGCGUGCCCAAAUGUCAAAAUGACGGAUAGGAACAAGUGAUUAAUCAUGAUAUAAUCAAGAAAAUAGGCAAAAAAAUGACCAUUCCCCCCCCCCCCUUUAUCUCCGAAACUACUGGGUCUAAAAUUUUGAAAAAAAUGCACAAAAUAGAUAUUUACCUAUAGAUCACAGGAAGAUCUAUUAGAAAAUUGCAGUGAAGCGUGAGUCGGACUUAAUUACUUAGUUUUUGAUCCGACCCCUAUGGUUUUUUUUAAAGACAUUUCACUCAGGUUCACAUAAAAAAUACAUUGUUUAAAUUGUGUAAUGUACGGAACCCUUGUAACGCGAGUCCGACUUGCCGGUUUUUUUAGUAUUUGUCGUUAUAGCGGCAACAGAAAUACAUUAUCUGUAAAAAAAACCUGACGUCAGGAUGGCGGGUGGACCUUUUUUGUUAAAAAUCUCGUUUUAGGUAUAGAUAUGCCGAUUUUUAAUGAGAGUUUAUAGAGGUACACUGAAGGUACACCAAUAUAUAUACUAUUCGCGUGAAAUAAUGUAUGAUUUCAUAGGUCCACCCGCCAACCUGACGUCAGGAUGGCGGGGUGGACCUUGUUUUGAGCCUAGCUCGUUUUAGGGGUAGAUAUACCGAUUUCUAAUAAAAGUUUACGGGAGGUACACUGAAGAUACACUAUAAAUACAUACAUUUCGCGUGAAAUAAUGCAAGAUUUCAUAGGUCCACCCGCCAACCUGACGUCAGGAUGGACCUUUUUUGUUGCAAUAUCUCGUUUUAUAGAGAGGUACACUGGUUUUUAUUAAAGGUACACUGAAGGUACAAUAUGUUUAUGAAUAUUUCGUUGAAAUCGCAGAGGUUCACCCGCCAUCCUGACGCUCACGAAAAUUCGAUGGCAAACAACAAUGCACUACAUCUGUACCCGUUUGGGUUCAUCCAUUAAUUACGUCACUCGAAUUUCGAGGUUUUUUGACACCUCCCCCCUCCUUGUCACACUUGGUCACAUUUCGCGCACAUGCAAAGCGGCAUUCCAAAUAAUACUUAUUUUGUAAUAUUUUUACGUAACUAAGAGACUUACUUAUUUAUUAACGUUUUAUAAUGUACAUAUAGAAUUACUUUUUAAGAACAGCUUAACCUAGAACUUUACAGUUAAUAUGUUUGCUAAAUAAUUACCGACUAGCUUUUGCCCGCGACUUCGUCUGCGUGGACUUAGACACAAAUUAGCAGACACUUCAUUAAUUAUCUCAAUUCCACCCCGCUUUUUACUUUCUUAAGGGAUGAUUUUCGGGAUAUAAACUAUCCUAUGUCCUUCUCAGGGACUCAACCUAUCUCUAUGCCAAAUUUCAUCUAAAUCGAUUCAGCGGUUUAAGCGUGAAGAGGGAACACACAGACAGACAGACAGACUUUCGCAUUUAUAAUAUUAGUAUGGAUUAUUGAUCAAUGAUCAAUACAAUGGUUGUGUUUUUAAUAGUAAAAAUAAUUAAUUUACUCAUAUCAGUGUAAUAACAAUAACAAUGUACAUGUUAACACAAUAUAUUAGGUCUACGAUGUCCACAUGCAUUAAUUUAUAUGUUAUACCAUUAGGUAUAGGUAUCAACCUACAGGGCGUUCUCACAAAAAUAUAUUAUUUAUGUCGGGACUACUGCAAGAAAAAAAAAUUGGACUUUCCCAACCUGUUGUCAAACCUGGUGGUGAAGACCACCGUCAGUGCCAGAGGUGGCACUGACAGCAGUUUGUUUAAACCUGGUGGUGAGGACCACCGCCAGUGCCAGAGGUGGCACUGACAGCAGUUUGUUUAUCACAUCGUUACGUCAUCAAGAUCACGUGACAGCUUGGAGCGUUUUUGCUCGAAAUUUAAACACUAAACUAAUUAGUCGAUUUUUUAUUAAAAAUUAAAAAAAAAUUUUUUUUCGCAAUAAUUACGUGUCUAUCUAUAAAAUGAAAACAGUUCUAAGAAAUUGUCAACAUUAUUGGUUACUUUUAUUCUGAAAGCGCCCUAGACAUAUAUAUUUUUUUAAUUACAUCCAGUGGGGCGACACUCCUCCUUACGGGCAUUCUCGGCUCCGGCUCAGCAUUGCUCCGAGCAAUUAUUAUGCCCGUAACACACCGUCGCACCGCACCAAGGUCAUUGUACGACGCAUCCAUAAGUAAGAGCGAGAAAGCUAUAUCUCUCUCGCUCUUACUUAUGGGUGCGUCGCACAAUGACCUUGGUGUGGUACGCCCAUUAGAGUUGACACAACUUGACGCCUCACUUGACGCAUCCCUUUGCGUGCACGACCACAGAUAAGAUAAUGACAUGAAUUUUGACAACCGUAAAAAACCAAAAGGUACGGACUGUAUAGAAAGGACGACAAUCUCUUAUGGCAGAACUAUUGCAAAAGUGACCAACUUUCAGCUGUAAUAGUUCCUAAUCUCUCCGGUGGCGCUAGUUAGGCUCUGGGACAUAAGUAUAACAUGAACCAUAUAAGGCAACAAAUAACCCGACCAAAUUACGUAGGUUGUUUUUGGUAGUAUUUCGGUGUAUGGUGACGCCGCCUAAUUACUGUUUUUUGAUGGACACUUUUCAUACAUAGAGAUUUGGCUCCUUUAUAUAGUCUCCAUGCCAAAAGGGAUAGUACCAUACGUUAGAAAGGGACAGCAUGAUUCGUCCCUGAAUCGCUGUCAAACUUCGGUUUCAUAGGAAGUGUCUUUUCUGUAGGGUAGUACUAUUAUUUAUUUUGUGAUGUAGUAUUUGUUCUCAUACAGUAUUUCUAGUUGUAAAACUAAAAAUAUAUAUGAGCACAUAAUGGCCGCCUAAGGCGGUUAUCACACUAAAUGCGAUUUGCACGUCAGUCCGAUGUUUGAGCGAUACAACGCAAUGCGCGUAUUAUAGCGACAUCGCGCUCGCACAUCGGAGCGACAGUGCGAUAAUGAUAACCCCCUAACAUACAGUGUGAGAAUAUUUGACACGAAAAAGGAAGUCACGGCCAAGAGAGCCUACCGCGAACAUCGAAAAUCAAAAUUUCGUUAUCUGCGUCUCUAUCACUCGAAUUACCUAGAAUUAGAUAUAGCGAUAGAGGCAGACAACGAAAUUUUAACAGGCUGUCUCUUGUCCUAGUCCUUUCAUAAUCCCUUAGCAAUUCGAAAUAAAUUAUGCCGAUGUUUAAAUUCACGGGGUGAAUUGUAUGAAAACGAUACAAGAUCGCUUACUCGAAAGAUUCCAUUGUACUUUAUUAUAUAUGUAAAUGUCUUUGGAUAAUCCUCGGAUAAUCUCAUAUGUAUAAUUGAACUAUUGGCAUUCAACUCUUUAAUGAAUUACAA